AUGGUUGUCGAUAGAAUUGGCAGUAUCGAGAAUAUUGGAUCACCCAUUCUUUCCGACUUACAAAAGGUGAACAAAUCAUAUCAAAGCAAAAACGCCAACGCAACAGAAUUGCUAAAUGAUUUGGAGUUUGCUAUAAAUUCCCUAAAGAAGGGAGUUACACCACAAGGUGUUGAAUUUGAUAUAUUUGAAAUUGACGAUAUUGAGAGGUAUGCGGAUACAACUUUGCAGAAGGGCUACGAUUUCGAAAAAAAGAUAAAGUACCUAAAUAUAAAUCGAAAUAAAGAAAAAGAAAUUCGGGACCGCUGCACAUAUUUUACAAUUGAAUUGAUUAAACAAUUGAAACAGAGGCUACCGUAUAACUUUAAAGUUUUAAAACAGAUUGAUGUUUUUUCCGUCACCAAGAUAUUGUGCGCGGUAAAAAAAAACAUCACAGAAAUUUUAGAGUUCCUGGAAUGUAAAAAUAUCGCCGAAAUUGAACGCCAAUAUAAUAACAUUAACUUAAUCAAAUGGGAAAACAUCAGCGAUACACCAAAAUUUUGGUUUGAGGUGCUCAAUUAUAAAGAUUCUGGUGGAAAUCGAAGAUUUUUCGAGCUGGCAACUGUGGCCAUAAAUAUAUUAUGUUUGCCCUGGCCAAACGCGGAGAUCGAAAGGGUUUUUAGCCAGGUUAAUCUCAUUGAAUCCAAAUUAACAAAUUCAUUAGGCCUCAACACGAUUAACAGCAUUCUAAGCAUAAGGCUUGAAAAAAGCUGCGUCGACUAUGAAGUGCCUACACAAUAUCUGCGCAUGAUAGGCACCAAUAAGUCAUACGCAAAUGAGGACCAAAAAGAUAUUGAUAACAUUAUGGAUAUAUUUUAAGCAAAAAUUAAUUAAUAAAUUGUUUUUUAUUUGACAUUUUUCGUAUUUUUAAUACAUUUUUUUAGCUUUUUUAUGGAUUUUUUUUAAUUUUUUAGCUUUUUUCUGAAUUCGUCCCGUCAAAAACAGCUUUUUUUGCUGGGCAAAAGAUGGCAGCACUGGCGAGGGUGCAGUCGAGAGGCGUUACAAACAACCAUGGAGUGAGCCUCGGUGUGAAUCCUGCAUAAAAGGUGGGGCAAAACACAGGAUGCACUGGAUCUUGUCGCUGCAGGGCGGCAGCGGCGCAAACAAUUGAUGGAGAUGACGGAGCGGUAGGCGUGGAUGCUUCGACGUAUGACGGCGAGACGCGACGUGGGAGCCCCGAUGGCAGCCUACCGGCUGCUUAGAAGCAACUCUGGAGUACUGCAAUCCUGGUGAGAGGCCACUGGCCUGCCGGGCCAGGUGGCACUCGCAAAUAAACAAAGAGGGAGAGUUGGCUUGGUGUUUUUUGGGGGGCGGUUGGCGGCUCGAAUAGAGUAGAGUAAAGUAGUAUGGGCUGCCAAAACCAACCGACCCCCCGCACCCCCUCGAGCACGGCAAUCAUGGAUCCGAUUCCCGUGAACCCACACUGUCAUUUUUCCCUUGUCUAAAUUGUUUGUUUUUUGUUUUUGAUACAUGACAAGGUUUUAUAAGCGGUGUUGGCGUCAAUGAAUGUUCUUUGUAAAUUCUUGACGAGGCCUUAUGGUAAAUCACGACCUUUAUUCCAAAUGUAUGGGAACCCGCAUGCUGUCAGUUCGCCGCAGGCCAUAUAGUGGUGGGUACGUAGAAGCCGCCUAGGUGCAGGACCUAGGGGCGCCCUCUCUGGCCUGUCGCGUUACGGGUGGUAGGACCCAAGGGAUGCUAAAUACGCACGGGCUAGUGCGAGACAACCAAGUUUGGAGAUGAAAGCCAUUAGAAAACCCCCAAAUAAAUGAGAAUUCUUCAUGUGUU